AUGGCAACCAAUUCUACAUGGACUAGGGAGGAAGACAAAAUGUUUGAAAAUGCAUUGGCCAUUUUUGACAAGGACACACAAGAUAGAUGGAGUAAUGUAGCUAAGGCCACAGGCAAAACUGAAGAAGAGGUAAAACUACAUUACCAAAAACUUGUAGAAGACAUCGAAAACAUCGAGGCUGAUCUAGUUCCCUUGCCUAAAUAUAAUGAGGUAAGUGUUGGUCAUGACAACAAAGCAAGGACGACGAACAAAGAAGACAAGGGGAAGAAGAAGUCACAUAUGGAAACAUCUCCAAGGUUGUCAAAGCAGGUCUUCCGACAAAGAGAUAAAGGGCCGAAGUGCAAAUUGGAUCAACUUGAAUGA